UCAAAUUCCCUUUUUGCUCUCAGCUGUGCUCACUUCAUCUGGAGGAGUCAGGAUGGCCACACUGCUUAAAUGCUCACAGAUAAUUGUCAUGUCUUUGUGUUGCACAGUGUGUAGUGCGAACAUUUCCUGUAGAAAUGAAGCUGGCGAGCCUGUUGAUUGGUUUAUCAUCUACAAACUGCCCAGAUAUAAGAUUGGCGAGGUUGGCAGCGGGGUAGACUACAUGUACCUGGACUCCUCAGUAGGGAGCUGGCAGAUGAGUAAAUUCAUGGUUAACACCAGUCAAGGAGCUAUAGGGAACACACUGAACCAGCUUUAUAUGGGAAAAGCCUACAAGUCCAACAGUUCAGUCUACGCACUCUACAAUGAUGCACCGCCGAUCCUGGAUUACAUCCGUGGUUAUGGACACACUAAAGGGGUACUGCUCUUCGACCGCUCUCAAGGUUUCUGGUUGUUGCACAGCGUUCCCCAUUUCCCCUCAUUCCCGGAGAGAGGCUACCUUUACCCCUCCUCCGGCAAAGUCAAUGGCCAGACUGCUCUCUGCGUGACCUACCAGUAUGAACAGUUUCUGCUUAUAGCGAAGCAGAUGGUGUACCUUUACCCACGCUUCUAUAACUGCUCUGUCCCUGCUACAUUCCUGGCCGACCUGCCACAGUUGGCCCAGUUGUGUGAGGGCACCAAAUUACCGCUGGCCUCAGAUAAAAGAGUGGAGCAGCUUUUCUCAAUCCAGGGGGACAAGUUUGUCUAUUUUGUCAAAUCUGAACGCUUUGUGGAUGACAUCUACACAGGCUGGGUGGCUCAGGCUCUGGAUGCUGACCUGCUGGUGGAGACCUGGCAGACACAAGGUCACGAACUGCCUUCCAACUGUUCCCUGCCCAAACACACCUUGAACAUCAAGAGGAUUAAGCUUCCCGGACCAGUCCUGUUCCAGUCCCACUACGACCACUCAAAGUGGUGUGUGUCACGCCUCUAUGAGGACCAGGUAACCUGCCUGGGGGAUCUGAACAGGGAGAAGGCCCAAAUGGUACGUGGAGGGGGGCUGGUCUGCUCCUUUAACCCCUUGAUUUACAAGGCCUUCAGACAGGUGGUGGACUGGUACAUUGGCUGCUGAAAACACAAGAUGAUUGGAAUUGUCUCACACGGUGUCUGAAUUUGUUUCAUAUUCAUGGGACUAAAUAUGGAGGAAGCGCCUGUUCGGGUUAAAGCGGCUGGCAGACAUCAGGCCAGUAUGAAAUUAGCCAUUGGGGAAAAUAUAUGUGAAUUUAACACAGAGGCGUCUCUGUGAUGGAUACUGGGAUCAAGCUGUGAUUGCAUAUGAUCAUAUAGUUUGAUCCAGCUGGUGUAUAUAUACAUACAUAUAUAUAUAUGUGUGUGUGUGUGUGUAUGUAUGUGGACCAUUACCUAAGCCAUUUGAUGUGACUAUAUCUUUGAUGAAAUAAAGGCUGAUCUUAUCUUACCUGAUCUUGUGAAGAUGUAUAUGUAAGAAACAAGUGCUUCAGUGUCAUCACUGUCUCCCAUGUAAAAAUAUCAUUGCAUUUGCACCAACUUGACCUUGUUUAUUUGAGUCUAAGAACUUUUAUUGCUUUACUUUUAUGUUUUUUUUAAGGAACUGCAGAUGUACAUACAUCUAAUUUGGAAUCAAAUCAUUUUUUUUUAAACGUCCAGGUUCAGUAUUACAGGACAUAAAUGGGUGGGUGAAGUUAAAGAGGAGCACCUGCAGUGAAGAACUCCCGCCUCAUUAACACCCCAGCUUUAUCCUUGGAAAAGUCCCUUAACCCCAAACUUCUCCACUGGACCUUCC